AACAUGGGUCAAUCCAUGCCAGGCACCUGUCAUCUCUCGACCUCACUUUACGUGCAAUUUUGCACAAUGUUUUCGUGCUCAUCCUCAUCAAUGUAGUUGUACGCCUCAAUGAGACCUCUACUCGCACUCAUCCUCACUGUCCUGCUGGGGUCCACAACAGCCGCAGUAUUGACCAAAGAUGGGAAACAGAUUUGCCCUCUGCAGGGCCAGCAGUUCCCGGUACCCACCAAUCUCUCCCAAGACUCGAUCUUCAACGAAGCACUCCAAUCACUAGAAGCUACACUCCAUGCGAAUAUAUCUCAGACUCCCUACAACGAAACGACCUUCUCCAUUGGAGUCUUCAGCGCCAAUGACGAGGACCUCUUGUGGGAAUUUCACCACGCCGAUGAGCUUGUCAAGAAUAGCAGCCUCGGAGCCAACGAUGUGGAUGCCGACUCGGUGUAUCGGGUCGCGAGUAUCAGCAAGAUAUUGACGAUCUACCUCUGGCUUAUCCACGAUGGAGACCGUCGACUUAACGAUCCGAUUAUCGAGUAUGUCCCCGAGCUGGCAACGGGGGAUGCGAAGGGUCGGGACUACGCUGUACCGGACUGGAGCGAGAUCACGGUGGGAGAUCUAAUGAUGUAUCUGGCAGGGAUUGGGAGAGACUUAGAAGAUGGAUUGAACGACGUGGCAAUCAAGAACUCGGUUACGGAGUAUCUCUCCGCUGAUACGGUGCAGAUGUUCAUGAGCAGCGGGCCGCCGAAGGAAAAGCCGGUGUGUGGGUAUUUCAAAAAUGGGUAUGAUUACAUUGCGUGCAAGGAAGACAAUUACAUUCAGGCCGUCGCAAACCUGGCGGCCGUCUUCGCGCCAGGUUACACUCCCAUGUACAGCAAUGCGAACUGGGCGAUUCUGGGGUAUGCGCUGGAGAAGCUGGCGGGAGAGGAGGUGGAGGCUGUGUUCAACAGUUCGUUGGUCGAGGCGUUGGGAUUGACGGGGACGAGUUAUACCACGCCGAAGAUUGUGACGAAGCACGCAGUUAUACCCAAUGGGAACGUCUCGUCGUCGAGCUGGGAUGAUGAGCUGGGUCCCUUGGCUGCAGCCGCUGGAGCAUACUCCACCACCAACGACCUCGCCAAAAUCGGCAGAGCUAUUCUCAAUAGCACCUUGACCUCCAAAGCCGUCACCCGCCGCUGGUUCAGCACCUCCACCUUUGUUGACUCUCUCGAUCAAGCCGCCGGUCGAGGCUGGGAAAUCUUCCGCCGCGAAGUCAACGGACACACCGUUGAUGUAUACACUAAGGCUGGGAAUUGGGGAUCAUACACCUCCGUCUUCGCCCUCAUCCCCUCCUACAACAUCGGAUUCAGCAUCCUCUCCACCUCUAGCUCGGCUCACGGCAAACUCACCGCCUCCCUCCCCAAUCUCCUCAUAACCACCCUCCUCACCGCCCUCGAAGCCUCGACCCGAUCCCAAGCAACCCACAACUUCGCCGGAACAUACACCGACCCUACAGCCAAUUCCACCCUCACCCUUACCCUCGACACCUCCCCCGGCCUCAAAGUCACAGCCUACACUUCCGCCGGAGUGGACUUACUCUCCACCGUCUUCGGUCGGCCAGACUACGUGGUCGAUUUCCGCAUUGUGCCGAAUCAAUUAUACGACAGACGCGGCUCGGUGGGCUUCACAGGCAUCUACGCAUUACCAGAAGAUGUCCCCAAGAACGGCGAUUUCUACUGGCCGUGUCAAAACUGGCUAGAUAUAGACGACUACACCUUCGGCAACGUGCCUUUGGGACAGAUGGUGUUUGAGGUUGAUGCGAGCGGAAGGGCGUGUGGGGUGAGACUUGUGGCGCUGGGGAUGGAAUUGGAGAGGGUGCAGGCCAACACCCGGUGA